AUGGGAUCCGACGAGAAGCCCCCUUCCACCUACCGCUACAACGAGAAGCCCACUUACACCACUUCCAAUGGCGCUCCCGUCAGUAACGCUCAGCACUGGCAGCGCCCCGGUCCCCAUGGACCUCUCCUGCUUCAAGACUUCCACCUGAUCGACCUGCUCGCUCACUUCGACCGCGAGCGUAUCCCCGAGCGUGUUGUCCACGCCAAGGGUGCCGGUUCCUAUGGCGAGUUCGAGGUCACCCACGACAUCAGCGACAUCACCUCCAUUGACAUGCUCAAUGGAGUCGGUAAGAAGACUAAGGCCGUUGUCCGUUUCUCGACUGUCGGUGGUGAGAAGGGAUCCGCCGAUUCUGCCCGUGACCCCAGAGGUUUUGCCAUCAAGUUCUACACCGAAGAGGGCAACUGGGACUGGGUCUACAACAACACGCCCAUUUUCUUCAUUCGCGACCCCAGUCUUUUCCCGGUCUUCAUUCACACCCAGAAGCGCCACCCCCAGACCAACCUUAAGGACGCCACAAUGGAAUGCAUCCACCAGCUGAUGCACCUGUUCUCUGACCGCGGCACUCCCUACUCUUACCGCCACAUGAACGGUUACUCUGGCCACACUCACAAGUGGACUAAGCCCGACGGCUCUUUCGUCUACGUCCAGAUUCACCUGAAGACGGAUCAGGGCAACAAGACUUUCACAAACGAGGAGGCUGGCAAGCUGGCCUCUGAGAACCCCGACUGGCACACUCAGGACCUCUUUGAGUCUAUCCAGAAGGGCGAAUACCCCAGCUGGACCGUUUACGUUCAGACUCUCACCCCCGAGCAGGCUGAGAAGUUCAAGUGGAAUGUCUUCGACCUCACCAAGGUCUGGCCUCAGAGCGAGGUGCCUCUCCGGCCCUUCGGCAAGCUCACUCUCAACAAGAACCCCGAAAACUACUUCGCCGAGAUUGAGCAGGUCGCUUUUUCGCCCUCUCACCUGGUCCCCGGUGUCGAGCCCUCCGCCGACCCCGUUCUGCAGUCUCGCCUCUUCUCUUACCCCGAUACCCACCGCCACCGCCUGGGUGUCAACUAUCAGCAGAUCCCCGUCAACAAGCCGCUGAACGCAUUCAACCCCUUCCAGAGAGACGGUGCUAUGUCCGUUGACGGAAACUACGGCGCCAACCCCAACUACCCCUCUACUUUCCGCCCCCUGACUUACAAGCCGGUCAAGGCUGCCAGCGCUCACGAGCAGUGGUCUGGCAAGGUUGUCGAGGACCUGUUCGGUCCCGUUACCGCGCAGGACUACGAGCAGGCCAACGGUCUGUGGAAGGUUCUCGGCCGCCAGGAGGGCCAGCAGAAGAACUUCAUCAACAACGUUGCCGGCGCUCUUGCCGGUGCCCACCCCGAGGUUCGCUCGCGCACGUACGAGAUGUUCUCCAAGGUCAACACUGAGCUUGGUGGUGCCAUCAUGAAGGCGACUGAGAAGCUUGCGAAGUGA